UGUUUGUUUUGUUUUGUUUUGUGGUGGUGUCUUUCAGUCUGCAUUGGCGCGUAACGUGCAGCUUUGAACUAACCCCCUAAAGUUCUUGCUUGCUCGCUCUCUCUUCCUCUCUCUAUCUCUCUCUCUCUAUAUCGCACUCUGUCUCUACUUUGUCUCACGGGGUGUCCUGGGCACAGGAUGCGCUUCACUGCAUUCGCGCACCUGUUUUUUCUGUGUCAGUGCAGUAACAACAACAACGACAACAACAACAUCAACGAAAUCGAGUCGUCAACAACAAGUCGCGCGUAAAAUUCCCAAUAAAAGUUUUGUGUCGAAAUUUGUUUCGCCGCUCGAAUGCAGUUGGAUAUUGUAUGUUAACCCAACCCCGCGGCAACUAUGCUGAUUGUGGACAUGCUAACACUGGCAUUAACAAAUGGACAGAGCGUGCUGAAGGAGAAGGGGAAGGAGAAGGAGAAGGAGAAGGAAAAGGAGUGGCAACAAUGUGAUGAAGAUGCAAAUUAUGAGUGCAAUAGCAGUAGCGACACUAAUCAAAGUAUUGCUGUUGGAAUUGAGGCAACUGCAACAACUGCAACAAGAGCAGCAGCAACAGCAGUAACAACAGUAGCACCAGUGGGUAACAUAGCCAACGUUGGCCGAGUCUUAAAUGUGGUUGAUGUCGAUGAUGAUGACGUUGAUUUGGCAUGCGAGGCACGCAGCACUAGUGUUCAACUAGCUGGCGUGCAACAGCAACAACAAUACAAGGCGCAUUGUGCGUGGCAGCCGAGAGGGGCGGCGAGGGGCGGCGGCUGGCAGGCGUGCCAGCCAGCGCCAGACAACAAAUUGAAUGGCAUGCAGAGACAGGCGCAGGCGCGUGCUGAAUACAGCGGCAACAACAACAACAACAACAGCAACACAGGAGCGGAAGUUGCCACAAAAUUGGAGAGCGCGCAAGUCGAGCGUGAGAGCGUGAGCGGGAGCGCAAACGCAGGCAAUGCUGCUAACCAUGGCCAACAAGAACAACAACAGCAGCAGAAGCAACCACCACCAAACAGCAAUGUGACAACAGGCAACAGCAACAACAACGACAACAACGACAACAGCGCCUGCUCAAUACCUAAAAUUCAGAGUGAGCUUUUCAAAGCCAAACUCAAAGCAGCAGCAGCAGCAGCAGCAGCAGCAGCAGCAGUGCUAGCAGCUCCAACAGCUCCAGCAGAGCAGGAGCAGGAGGCGAACGCGAACGCGACGCCAUUGCCAUUGCCAUAUUUGAAGUCAGCAGACACGAAAUUAUGGCACGAGCCCAUUGCUGUUGAUAAUAAUAAUGCCGUUGGUGUUGUUGCUGGUACUACGAUUGUCCAGCAGAAGCCAUCGCCAUUGCCAUCGCAGAGUGUGCCAGCAAAUGUUGAUGUUGUUGCUGCUGACGAUUACGUGGAUUACGUGAAAAGUGUUGCAGACAACAAAGCAGUCGAGCAACAACAACAACAACAACAACACGGCGACGAGUGCACGUUGAAGCAAUUGGCAACGCACUCGAAUAGCGAGCAGAAAGAACGAGUAACGAGUAACUAUAACGGUAACGGUAACGGUAACGAGUGCGUAUCUAACUACACGCUCAUCGACUGCGAUGCAAACGAUCAGCAGCAAUUAAAGCAGGCCACAAUAAUAACAACAACUACAACAACAACAACAACAACAACACCAACAACGAGUAACAACGAGUGCAACAACAUCAACAAGACGAGCAAUAAUCCACCAACAGCAAUCAGCUGCAACGAUUACGAUCUUAUUGAUUUUGAGCAGGAUUUGGUCGAUGAUUUUGUGGCCAGUCAGCGUCUGAAACGUUUACAGCACAAUUUUCAGGGACGCGUUAACAGUGGCAACAGCAACAACAACAACAACAACAACACCAACACCAACAACAACAACAACAGCAACAGCAGCAGCAACAACAGCUGUAGUGUUGCUGCUGAAGUUGAUUGUGUAAAGGCAUCCUUGAGACAGCAACAACAACAGCAACAAGAACAAGAAGAAGAACUACAACUAGAUGCCUGCACAUCGUCAGUUGAGCACACAACAAAGAAACUACCCUCGUUGCUAGCAAUAGCAGCAGCAAUAGAAAAUUGCCCAACAAGAACAGCAACAACACCCACACCUUCCACUCUUUCCACUCCUUCCACAGCAAUUGCCAACAAUAAUAAAUUAGUGAAUGGCUCAAGUGCAAUACAAUUAAAUGCAAAUUAUAUUCAAGGCAUUGGAAAUGAUAAAAUUGCCAGCAGUUCGAGCAGGAGUUCGAGCAGCAGCAGUACCAGCAGCAGCAGUGGGAGCAUUGGGAGCAGACAGCAGCAGCAGCAAUUGCUGAAUACUCAGCUGCCAGACUUAUCGUCACUGCGCGUGAGCGGUGAGCGUGCAAGCGGGAGCGAGAGCUUGAGCGUGAGCGCAAUUGAAACUGCUGUCGCUGACAGUUGUCGUCGCAUUGACAGCGACCAGGUGCUGAUUGAAAUUGAAGCACUUGGCGAGCAGGUGCUCGAGACUACAACAGCAAUUGCAACAGCAACAGCUACAGCAAAAGCAACAGCAACAGCAACAGCUUCAGCAAAAGCAACAGCAACAACAGCAAGCGUUGCAACAACUGGCGUACGCAGUGCUUUUGUGCCGACAGAUAGCAGUUGUGGCAACAAUUGCAGCGAUUCGUUGACAGACGCUGCUACGGUUGACGCCGCCAAUUUUGUGACCACACUCAGCGAGUUUGAUGUGCAGCGAUUUGGCGAAUAUUUGAAAGCGGCAAGACAGCUUCAACUGCUCGACAUUAAUCACAAUAGUCAAAGUCAAAGUCAAACGCCAACAGUACCAGUGGGUAAUAAGCAGCGACGCGGUUUUCAGUGCUACGACGAGUUACUCGCUGAAUUUGUUAGCGAGCAACAGGACAACGACAACGAGCACGAGAAGGAGAAGGAGACGGCGACGGAGAACGAAAGCGACAGCGAGUACAGCGAUAGCAAUUGCAACGACUGCCAGUGCGAUGAGUGCUUAGCGUAUGCAGAAUACACCAAUUUGACGAGCAGCAGCAACAACAACAACGAGUACAACAACAGCAACAAGAGGAAGCAUAUAACGAGUGCACUCGCUACCACACACACCACAUCAUUACCAACAAUUGCAACGGCAACCGAAGCACUAUUCACAAUGCGUGAAGUCAACGGCCAGCUGCGCGGUCUGCUCAAGAAACCCAAUCGACCGCCGCCGGUGCGCAAGAAUCGUGUUGUUUUCGACGAGACACGCAACGAGUUCUUCGAGGCGGACUAUAUAAUAUUGAUACGCGAGGAUUGCGCCUACGAUGAGGAGGAUGAGGAGCCCUGCACCUGUGGCGAGCACGAGCUGGUGCGCCUCUGCUGCGAAGAGGGUUGCCAAUGCAACUAUGCGGUCAAUGCCGCUGAGACAGCGGAUGGACGAACGCCACAGAGCCCCAAAUUUCAGCCGCCAAUUGAGUUUGUGGACGAUGCGGCUCUCAGUCCGCCCGAUGGCUACAAGGACAACAGCCUGAAGAAUACGUUGGGCGGUGCGCUUAGCGGCCACAUCUUUGGCGCACAGCAUCUGCAACAGUUGCAGGUGAUACAGCGUCUGCAGCAGCAGCGGGCGGCAAUGUUGGCGGCACGUAACGGUAACGGCAAUGCGAGUGCCACUGCAACUGGGAAUGGGAAUUCCAAUGGCACCGGCAAUGGCAAUGGCAACACCCAAAUACCGCCACCCCCACCACCCGCUGGCAGUGCUCAGCAACAGCAGCAGCAGCAGCAGCAGCAGCACCAACAACAACAACAUCAACAGCAGCAGCAGCAACAACAAUUACAGCCAACUGAUGAGGAGCUGCAGGGCGUUUGCACCGAGUGCGCCGAGUGCGCCGAGUGUGCCGCAAAGCAACUGCAGGAUGCAGAGUGCGGCUCCUCGCAAUGUGGAGAGGAGCUGACGCCGAUUGGGGUGCCAGCCGUAGCAAUUUUACCGUUACACACGAGCUCACCGGAGCGACGAAUCACGCAGAAGGAGAUCAUCGCUGGAGAGGAGCGGCCCAAAUAUGUGCUCCAAUCGCAAUAUAAGCCCACUGCUCCAUCUGCAGUCAAAGUUAGAAAGGAUUCAAGCAGUAGCAGUAGCAAGCCCACUGGCACGGUGAUUGGCACGGUAACUGGUUCUGGUCCUGCGGCCAGUUCUAGUUCCGUUGCCGUUUCCGGUUCCGGUUAUAUAAGCAGCAGCAGCAGCAGCAGCCUGGUGCCAGCCGCCAGCAGCAGCAUCAGCAGUAGCGCAGCCAAAAAAAAACGAUUUGUUGUUGAAACUAUUACCACUAUGACCACAGUGACCGAGCGACGCAUCAUCCGUGAGUCGCACGAGGAUAUUGUUGCAACAGUCGGCGCACCAGCACCAAUAGCAACUGCAACUGGCGCCGCGACUGGUGCCGUGCCAGCAACUGAGAUGAUGCCACCAGCGCUGCCAGCCAAGGCAGCGGCAGUUGCUGCCGCCGCCGCUGCGGCCGCUGCUGCCACAGAGCAAUAUGAUGAGCAGAAACCGCCGCCCAUACCGCCCAAGGAGCUGACAACGACCACACAGAUCAGCGGCAUACUGAAAGGCGGCAAACUCUGGAAACAGGACUCCAUUUCACAGCAAUCGGAUGAUCAGAACAACACCACCUCAGAGGAUGAGAGCGGCGCCACGAAGCGUUCGGUGCGCUUUGUGACCGAGGAUCAGGCGAAUGCCGGCACUGAUGGCGAUGGCCAGUCGCUGUCCGGCGAGAUGGACGACAGCGAGAAUCAGAUCAAUGAGCUGAUACCGAUCAAGAAGCAUUCGACGCUCUUUAACAAUGCACUGCGUCCCAAUUCGGCGGUGCGUCAACUCUUCCCCAGCGUUUCGGCGCAGCAGGCACCCGUUCUCACCUCGGAGGCGUUGCGGGCCUUCGAUGAAUCGAAGCGUGCCGGAUGCCUUGUUACCCAUUUGCCUGGCAGCUGUGGCGACUCGGACACCUUGCGACGCAGCAUGGAGCGCAACAUACUCAGGCGUUCCCUCAUCAAAAAAAAGGCCGUCAAGUCAGAUAUAUCGCUGGAGGAGCGCAUCAAGCAGCUCACCUGCGACAUUGAUGAGGAUCUCGCCGAGGAGCUGUCGCUGGCACGCAGCGUUGGUGAUUCUGAUCAGGAUCAGGAUCAGGCCAGCGAACGCGAUUGCUCUGAGCUGGCGCAGCGCGAUAGUCCUGCCGGCGAGGAGAAUCCCAAUACGCUGGCGCCCAAGUUUAUGAAUGGCGAGAAGAGCUUCUCGCCCAGCAGCUCCGUUUCCAGCUCGUCCAGCGGCUCGUCGGCGUACAAGAAAAUCGCCGACAUCUUCAGUCGCGACAAGAAGCAGGAGAAGAUCAUGGAGCUCGAAGAGAAUCCCAUUGUCAUCAUACCGCAGGAGUGUCGUUGUCCCGCCGCACCGGAUUUGGGCAUGGGCAUACAGGUACCAGUGGUGCAUACGCAAAUCCAUCGGACACCGCCGCGCCAGAACGAACCGAAGCGUCAGUUCCUGUCGACACUGGCACCGCUCACCGCCUGCGUCGCUGGCAACAAGGAUGAUCUGUCCUCAUAUUAUACGCUGGCCGCCGCCGCAGCAGCUCACCAGCAUGGACACGGGACGCAUGCGCAUCAUGCGCAUCAUUAUGCAUCUGCUGCCGCUGCUGCUGCUGCCGCCGACUUUAAUAUGAGUCAGUUGCUGGGUGCCGCAGCGGGCGAGGGAGGAGCCGCAGCACAGCAGGCAGCUGUGGCAGCAAUGGCUCAGGGCCUGGCCUUGGGUGGUGGCAUUGGUGGUGGUGGCGAUGAGGCGCGCAAGGUGGCACCGGAUGUGAUUGCCGGGACGCCCGGUCAAGAGACGACGCAACAGGACGAACUGGCCGCCUUUGCCCAGGCGGAGGCGAAGCGCACCGAGCAGCUGAAGAAACGCUAUACGGGCAUCGAGAGCGCCAGCCAGGCGAGCAGCGAUGAUGACGAGCAGAAUGAUUAUGGCUUCAAUAAGCGUCCAUCUGUGCGUGGAAUCAAGCCCAAGUUUAGCUCUACCAAUGAGAUUCUGGCACAGAUGCAGGAGCAGCUCACACAACAGAUACCCACAACGGUGAUCAGCAGUCAACCGGUUCCGCAGGCCAUUAAAUGCUACACCAAGCAGCUCACCCAGAAUCCCUCGCCACAAAACUUGCCACAACAGCAGCAGCAGCAGCAACAACAGCAGCAGCAGCAGCAGCAGCAGCAACAGCAGCAGCAACAACAACAGCAGCAGCAACAAUUGCAACAGCAGCAGCAGGCCCAGGCUCAGGCGCAAUUGCAGCAACAAAUGGCAGCUGCACUGCAGGCAAACACAAUUGCCCAGCAGAAGACGGAGCAGCGCACGUGGAGCUUCUACAGCGAGAGCGGUGAGCAGCAGCGUUUCCCCAUGGAUGCAACAGCUGCGGCAGCGAUACAGCAGACCUACUAUCAAACGUUGCCGGCGGGCGCCAUGUUCCGCCAGACGAUGAUCCAGCAGCAGCAGGGUGGCGGCACCUCGGCCGAUGAGGCAGCGCUCCUCUAUGCCGCCGCCGCUGCCCAGAAUUGCCAGAGUGUGACGGCAACGGCGACGGCAACGGCAACGGCGACUGCCAUCGAGCAGAGCAAGCACAACAGCAGCAGCUACAGCAGCCACUUUGCUAGGAGUCCAACAAGGCGGCCAGAGUCACCGCCGCCACUGCGCAACUAUCAUCAGACCAUGGUCCUCAUACCCUACAAUGCAGAGACCUAUUCACAAUUCGCCACCAGCAGCAGCGUCGAUCCAAAACUUGCUCACAUGCAGCGACAGAACAUUUUGGAAUAUCAGCAGGUGACACAGCAAACGAUUCGCGUGCCGAUUGGAUAUGCUUUGCCUGGUAUGCAGUUGCAUGUGGUAAGUGGGCGUGGUCAUGCCGCCCACUAUGGACAACAUCCGCACACAGCAGCUCAGCAGCAACAGCAGCAGCAGCAGCAGCAACAACACCAGCAACACCAACAUCAGCAACAUCAACAACAGCAACAACAACAACAACAACAACGUCUGUUGUCGCAACACUAUCAAUAUGGGGCAGAGGGCGGUAUGCCAGGCUUUAGUGAGAGGGGCGUGCCCGAGGGCGCAGCAGCUGUUUCGCAUAGCGAUUGCAAUGCCAUGGUCUCACCCAGCAACAUCGCCCAACAACAGCAACAGCAGCAACAGCAGCAGCAACAACAGCAACAACAGCAACAGCAGCAACAACAGCAACAGCAGCAGCAGCAACAGCAACAGGUUGGAGCAGCAGCUGCUGCUGCGGCUCAAGGAUCCGUUUAUUAUGCAAUGAAUGUAUGACCCGGGCUGGAAUAGUCGCUGCCAGCGGCGGUCAUUGUCGAGCGCCGCCAGUGUCAACGCGUCGAGUUGUCAGCGACUUCAGUUCAUUUGGGCGGCGGUGGCGCCACCGGCAACAGAUGAGCGAAACUUCAAGCCACGCCCCAAAAACUCAUAAGCCAAAAACCAGACAGCCCAAAGUAUACACUCAGAGAAAAAUACUGCUCUAAAUUCAAGUAUAGCCGGGCUAGAAUCCCUUUCCUAUUUUGUUCUGGAAAUUUCAAGUCGAAUUUGUUUCUAAUUAUUCUUAAGAAAAGAAUGUAUAAUCGAAUUGAUUCAUAUAUAGAAACAGAACAACUUAAGUCAAGGACAAAAAACGCUUUUCAAUUUUUGUUUGAGCUUUAAGAACGACUAAAAGGUUGCAACUCUAAAUUUAAGUAUUUCAAUUGUCGAUUCAACCUGAUUUAAUAGUAUCUUACCGAUAUCAGGAUUAAGUAAAGAACUUGAGUACUUCAAAUAAGAACUAAAUAUCAUAUUUCAAGUAAUCAAAUCAAGCUUAAACUAUUCUAAAAAAAACACACUUAGACAUUUUUGGAGAAUCACAAAAAACGUUCUUGAAAUAAGAGUUGAAUUUUUGGCCUUGGUCGCAUUUUGACAACGUUUGUACUUGACUUGAGUAGUAAAUUCUCAUUGUGCUUUUUUUCUGAGUGUACAAAUGAGUUAAGAAAAGUGUUGCUUAAGUUUGCAUCCAAUUGAGUUAAAAGUUGAAACCAAUUUCGCGUUGAUUCUAGCGAGUGUUUGAGUUGCUCCCUCCCACUUUCACAACCCCCUCUAGCGAUCCCUUUCUUCUCUCUUUCUUUAGGCAUGUAUGUGUAUGUGUGUAUGUGUGUGUG